AUGCCUGGUACAAGUACACCGGUCAUUACCAGGCUCGUUUCGGGAAUCCCCUCGUUUCCGGCAACGCACUGCUUCAAGUCGCUCAUGGAUCAUGACGACGCGGCGUACAGAGCUUUCUUGAGGGUCUCCCCCAACCUCUGCCGCUCCCAGGGCAUCAUCGUCAACACCUUCCGCUUGCUCGAGCCGCGUGCCGUGGACGCCAUCAGUGCCGGGCUCUGCACACCUCCCGACCUCCCGACACCUCCUGUCUACUGCAUCGGCCCAUUGAUCAAGGCGGAGGAGGUGGGCGUGAAACACGACCGAGAGUGCCUCGCAUGGCUAGACACACAGCCCAUGGCCAGCGUGGUGUUCCUAUGCUUCGGCAGCCGCAGCCUAUUCAGCGCAAAUCAGACCAGAGAGCUGGCCACUGGCCUGGAGGCGAGUGGCAAAAGGUUCUUGUGGGUUGUGCAGAGCCCGCCCAGGGACAUCGACGACCCUGCGAAGAAGCUGGACAAGUUGCCGGAGCCGGACCUCGACGCUCUCCUCCCCGAGGGCUUCCUGGAGCGGACCAAGGGCAUGGGUCUCGUCGUCAAGUCAUGGGCACCGCAGCGUGAUGUGCUGGCGCACGACGCGGUGGGUGCCUUUGUGACGCACUGCGGGUGGAACUCCGUGCUAGAGACGGUCAUGUCCGGCAUGCCCAUGCUGGCCUGGCCACUCUACGCGGAGCAACGGGUUAACAGAGUGUUCCUGGAGAAAGAGCUGGGUCUGGCCGUGGCGGUGGAAGGGUACGACAAGGAGGUGGUCCAGGUGGCGUCCAAGGUGAGGUGGAUGAUGGAGUCUGACGGCGGGAGGGUGCUCCGAGAGCAGACCUUGGCGGCCAUGCGGCCGGGCAAGGAGGCGCUGAUCCCGGGCGGGGAGUCGGUCGUGACCUUGACACAACUGGUGGAGAGCUGGAUGGCUUCACCUUCACAAGGGGGACAAGAUCACGAGGUGGCCUCACUUGAUUGCGCGCCUCUCGUUUCUGUCCAAGAAGAAAUGCCAUCUGCACAUCCACAUUUCUCCACCAACAGUUCAUCCGUAACACAUGUGAAGCAAGCGUUGGCGUGGCAAUCCUGUUGGUGCCGAAAUCCUGUUGAUGACAAGGAUUCUGACAUCAUCCUCCAGCACCUCUAUAACCUCAAUUUCAAGGUGGUGGAGGUUACGGAGCUCUCUGAUCGAGUUGGGAACCCUUGGAUGAUCAAGAUUUUACCAGACCUAUUCGAUGUGCUUGCUUACACUGACAUGGACAUUAUUGUGCCCCUCACGUUGUUUGAGAGUGAUGCCAAGCUAAUAGACAACAUCCAUAUGAUGGACGGGCGCGGCAACUCGCGCUCUCAUGUUCUAGUACAACAGGAAAGGGAAAAGCUACAGGUGUUGGCGAAGGGCCCUGGAAACCAUGGCUCGGCCUCCCAGAAAACCUCGUCACCUCGUUAUCCUCUCCUGCGCAACUCAGAUCGAUCUGGAUUCGGAUUCCCUGACCGACGUUGCCUAGGGUUUGGAUCCGCCUCAGCAACCGCCACCGUCGACGUCUCCGAGGCCGCCUCCAACACCCCCACCCCCGCCACCCUCCUUUUCCAGAUAUAUGAAGCCCUUUUUUCGGUGUGCUCAAAGAAUAAGCAGAAGCUAGCAGUAAACAUCCUUGCACGGGUGUAA